AUGGGUUUUUUGUCAGGUUCAGCAACGUUGCCAGCUGUUUCAGUUUCUAACCAGAAAGAUGAAGAUCACGAUGAGGCUGAUAAUGAUUUUGACUCCUUCAGUUGGGGAGAUCCAGACGUGUGCAGUCACAAAACAUCUGCCAACCAUAUACGUGCCUUUAAGGAUUGGUUGGAACUUCAAAAUCGCUUGAAGGCAGGAUGUACCAUUGAUAAGCAUGCACAAGAACUUCUGCUAAGAGAAAUUGAGCAUUGGCGCAAUGUAUUAACAAGAAUUAUUGCUAUUAUUCAGUUUCUGGGUGAAAGAAACCUGGCGUUUCGAGGUUCUAGCGAUCGUAUAUUUGCCCCGCAUAAUGGCAAUUUUCUUGGGUUAGUGGAAUUGUUAGCCAAAUUUGAUCCGUGCAUGCAACAGCAUGUACGAAGGAUUACAGACAAUGAAAUCCACGAUCAUUAUCUGGGAAAAAACGUGCAAAAUGAAAUAAUUCAGUUGAUGGGUUACGUUAGGAAAAUAAUUUCCAAUAUUCAUAAGGCCAAGUAUUUCUCAAUCAUUCUCGACUGCACUCCUGAUAUAAGCCAUGAAGAGCAGAUGACGAUGAUAAUAAGGAUCGUUCAUAUUGAUGGCUCCUCAGUGGAAGUUCGAGAAUAUUUUGUAGGGUACAUAGCCGUUGAUGAUAGCACUGGCUCCAAUCUCACAGACCAAUGCCUACGGAUGCUCUCGGAGUUGAAAUUGAACCUACAGUAG